AUGAGCGGUAUUGAAACAGUUUUAGUGACGGGAGGGUCCGGCUUUGUGGGCGGCCAUUGUAUUGUUAAACUACUAGAGAAAGGGUACAGUGUGAGAACAACUAUUCGCUCUUUAUCCAAAAAAGAAAAGGUUCUUGAUAUGUUGAAAAAUGGCGGAAUCACCUCAUUUGAUAGAAUUAGUUUUUGCGAAGCAGACUUGACCGAAGAUGCCAACUGGCACGACGCGGUAAAAGAUUGCGAGUAUGUCUUACAUGUUGCCUCUCCCAUCUUAUUCACCAUCCCUAAGGACGAAAAUGAAAUGAUUCGACCAGCCGUCGAUGGUACUUUGAGAGUACUUAAAGCUGCGCGAGAUGGUGGGGUAAGACGCGUGGUAAUGACAUCCAAUUUCGGUGCAGUUGGUUACAGCCACAAAGAUCCCCAUACACCAAUAACUGAAAAAGAGUGGACAGAUCCAAAUGAGAAACACUUAACAGCCUACAACAAAUCAAAAGUUUUGGCAGAAAGGGCAGCUUGGGAUUUUGUCAAUUCUCAUGGUAAAGGUCUUGAAUUGGUAACAAUCAACCCAACAGCAAUUUAUGGGCCAGCACUAUGUAAAGACAUGUCAGUUGGUUUUGAGCUAUUGAAGAAGAUCUUAGAUGGGUCAAUGAGAGCAAUUCCUCAGCUGAGUAUGAACGUCAUUGACGUUCGGGAUGUUGCAGACUUGCACAUUCGCGCUAUGACAAGCCCUAAAGCCAAAGGCCAGCGGUUCCUAGCACUGGCAGGUGGUGAAAUAUCUUUACCGGAAAUCGCCAACUUUCUUAGAGCCAGACCAGAGGCUGAGAGAUACAACAUCUCAAACAUGAUAUUGCCAAAUUGGGUUGCUUAUUUUGGAGGCCUAUUCAACCAACAAUUAAAGACUUUGGCGUCGAUGCUCAAGACCAGCCGUAAUGCUAGCAAUGAAAAGGCGAAAACGAUUUUAGAUUGGGAGCCAAUUGCAACUAACGAAGAGGCUAUCAUUGCAUCAGUAGAAAGUAUGCUCAACUUCGAGAUCCUAUGA